GGUAUCUCUGGCGAUAUCAUUCGCCAUGAUCUGGACAGGCGGAUACAAAGAUCGAAUAUACCCAGAUUAAGUCGAUAUCUGUAUUUGCACUAGCCCUAACCUGGGAACAUGCACCUUCGCACAGCAUGCGACCCAUGUUCCAAGGCCAAAGUCCGGUGCGACAAGACACACCCAUCAUGUGGCCGAUGCCUACAGAUGAAAUUGCAUUGUUGUUAUAGCGCGUCACGUAAACACGGAGAGCAAUUGUGGCGAAAGAGAAUUUCCCAGAAGCGGCAUAAGACUGCCGGGCGUGUAGCUUUACCUUUAGCAACGAUAGAAGCUACCACUACAUCGACAGCAACGGUUCCGCCCGUCCAAGGAGUGACAUGGGAUGAAUCCUUGUUGACCUUGACGCCAACACAGCUGACGGGGAACCAAGAUUGGAAUUCUCCAUUGGAAAAUUAUGGGCAACAGGAGCCCACAGCUCUUCUGCCCUCGUGGUUGGCUGGCGAUGGACUGGGCACUGAUAUGGACAUUGGUAACUGUGCAAACUGGGAUAUGACCAAUUUAGCACCAACUGCUUCUCCGCAAAACAACAACCUAUCCACACAGGGACCAAGCCGUGGCGAUGCUACAUCAGAAGAAUCGAGAUCCGCAGGAACUCAAAAUAUCAUAUCAUCGGCCACGACAAAUAGCACGCACGACUGUGAAGCUCGCGCCAUCUCUAUUCUAAGCUCACUGCAGCACGGAGAAUUGUGUGAAGGACUGACAACGUGCUCGACUGACCCGACACGUGUAUUUGCGGACCUAGACUUCACACCAGGAUUUGACCGCGUGCUUGCUGUCAAUAAAGCAGCUCUCAGUGACUGGGCCUCGCUCAUGAAGUGUUCUUGCGCGCAAUGUCCUCAUCUUACGCUUCUCUAUAUGUCAAUAUUGUGCAAGAUACUCUUUUGGUACCGUAUAGCCGCGAUGGAGAAGGUUCCGUCUGCGUUAGCAGAUGUAAAAGAGUCCCAUAGUACCCCAAGCAGCGGCGACAAUACGAUGGAACAUUCUUCUGGUGAAAGGUCGAUGUUUGAAAAAUUCGGUGUUGAACCGACGACGGUACAGGUUGGGGUAUUGAACCUGGACCCUGAAGACCAGGCUAGCUUGCGGCGUGUUCUCUUACUUCGUGACUUACGUAGGACAGAAAAGGCAAUUCACGAGCUCAUGGAAGUGGAUCGCAAGGUUAUAGAGGAGAAAGCAGAUGAGAGCGUACGAGGAAUUGUGAAAGUAUCCCUUGCUGGUAUCCCGCAAAUUUCAAAGCAGCUACAGGAUGUGAUACAAGUUGUCAAGGAAAUUCAAUAACGCUAGUGCUCAAAUGGCUUGUAUAUUUAUACUGCAGAAAAUCAAGCUCUUCUCAAGG